AUGCGGACCACCCCAUUCAACUACAUCGCCUCUCUCCUCACCCUCCUCCCACCAGCCUUAGCUGGCCGCCCUCGCGAUGAAAUAUCCUUCAGCUGUCUCCCCCUAACAAUCGAAAUGUCCGACCCAAUCAUGUUUCCUGGAAACGAAUCAGACCAUCUCCACCUAGUAGCAGGAGGAACAGCAUUCCAGCGAACAAUGGCAGAGGAUACAGCUCGAAAAGCUAGCGGGACGACAUGUGGCAUUGAGAUCGAUAAGAGUAACUACUGGAUUCCGGAGCUGUAUCAUCAGACGGAGGGUGGGUUCGAGCUUGUGGAUGUUGAGGGUAUUGAAUUGUAUUAUAUGAACCGAGCGUGCAAUUAUACCGAGGGCGCGACGACUUGUGACUCGGAACAUGUGGUUGCGAUUGCGCCUCCUGAUGGACUGCGGAUGAUCGCUGGUAAUCCUUUUCUUCGAACAUACAAUGACUCGAACCCAGCACAACAAGCAAUAUCUCACAUGUGCAUAAGAGAGGACGGAUCUUCCAAUGAAACAAAACACCUCCCCCAAGAGCCCUGCUCGCUCAUGCGAUCCCAGGUCUUUUUCCCAUCAUGCUGGGACGGGAAGAACGUUGACACGUAUGACCAUCAUAGCCAUAUGUCCUACCCUGCAAUUGGCCACUACAACCAAGGCGUCUGCCCUCCAACCCACCCAAUCGCAAUAAUCUCCAUCUUCGUCGAGUUCCUCUUCAACACGAAACCCUACCCCGACUACGACAACCUAGUAUAUGCAAUGGGCGAUCCAACCGGCUACGGUCUACACGGGGACUUUGUAAAUGGUUGGUCGGACCUCGACGCGCUACGGGAAGCGCUGGUGACGUGUACGGGUGAGAAGGGGUUGACUGUUCCAAGCUGCUCAGUUACGAAGAAUCAGCAUGGUGCGCUGGCGCCGCAGUCUAGGCCGAUGGAAGUGCAUUCAACUAAGGAGGAAAGGGAGAUUGGACAGAAUGGGCCGAUUCCAAAGUUACCGGGAGAUAACCCUGUGACGGGGCCUGAGGAUGAAGAGGAGUGGGUGGGAAAGGAGAUUGAAGUACAUUGA